AUGUCCCGCCUCCGCCACUCCACCUCCACCGCGCCGAUGCCCCACCUCCGCCUUCUCCGCUGCCGCUCCUCCUCCAUCUCCACCUUGCCGCCGUCACGCUCAUGGUCUCCCGUCACCGCCUUUGCCGCGGCCACAGAGCGCGUCAGCGCUGGGACGCUCAGUCCGGAAGACGCACACCGCCUGUUCGACGAAUUGCUUCGGCAGGCCACUCCGGUCCCCGCGCGCUCCCUGAACGGCUUCCUCACGGCCCUCUCCCGUGCGCCGGGCACCGGCGCCUGCGGAGACGGCCCCGCCCUCGCCCUCGCCCUCUUCAACCGCACCCGCCGAGAAGAGGCCGGCUCCCGGGUGGUGCCGUCCACAAUCUUCACCUACGGCAUCCUCAUGAACUGCUGCCGCCGCACGCGUCGUCCGGAACUUGGGCUCGCCUUCUUUGGGCGCGUCCUCAGGAUGGGCCUGAGGACAAACGUGGUCGUCGCCACCACGGUCCUCCAGUGCCUCUGCGGCGCCAAACGGACAGAUGAGGCCGUGGACAUCCUGCUACAUCGGAUGUCCGAGCUCGGGUGCGUGCCUGAUGCCUUCUCAUACUCCAUUGUUCUGAAGAGCUUAUGCGAUGAUGGCAGGAGCCAGCGGGCACUCGACCUGCUCCACAUGUGGGAGAAAGAACGAGGUCUCUGCUCCCCCAACGUAGUGAUGUAUAACACGGUCAUCCACGACUUCUUUAAGGAAGGUGAAGUAAGCAAGGCAUGCAGUCUAUUCCAUGAAAUGGAGCAGAAAGGGGUUGUGCCUAAUGUGGUGACAUAUAGCUUGACCAUUGACGCGCUGUGCAAGGCCAGAGCUAUGGACAAAGCACAGUUGUUCCUCCGGCAGAUGAUUGAUAAAGGUGUUCGACCGAACAAUGUGACAUAUAAUGUCAUGAUCCAUGGAUAUUGCACUCUGGGACAGUGGAAGGAAGCACGUAAAAUGUUCAGAGAAAUGACAAGACAGGGUCUCAUACCAGAUAUUGUUACUUGGACCUCGUUCAUGGCCUCUCUUUGUAAGCAUGGAAGAACCAAAGAAGCUGCCGAAUUCUUUGAUUCCAUGACUGCCAAGGGCCACAAGCCUGAUUUGGUCAUGUAUCAUGUUCUGCUCCAUGGGUAUGCAACCAAAGGAUGCUUUGCUGAUAUGAUUAAUCUCUUUAAUUCAAUGGCAACCAAGGGUAUUGUACCCGAUCGUCAGGUUUUCAACAUUUUAAUUGAUGCACAUGCUAAACAUGGAAUGAUGGAUGAAGCUAUGCACAUAUUUACUGGAAUGCAGGGACAAGGAGUGUGUCCAGAUGUAUGGACCUAUUCAACUCUAAUAUCUGCACUUUGCAGAAUGGGUAGGCUGGCUGAUGCCAUGGAUAACUUCAGUCAGAUGAUUGGUAAGGGAGUACAACCGAACACAGUUGUUUAUCACUCCCUAAUUCAGGGUUUCUCUACACAUGGUGAUUUGAGGAAAGCAAAGGAGUUGGUUUAUGAAAUGACAAACAAAGGUAUUCCUUGUCCAAACAUUGCAUUCUUCAGUUCUGUAAUGGACGGUAUAUGCAAAGAAGGAAGGGUUAUGGAUGCACAUGAUAUCUUCCACUUGGUUACAGACAUAGGUCUGAAACCUAACAUCAUUACGUUUAAUACGCUGAUUGAUGGACAUUGCUUAGUCGGUGAGAUGGAGAAAGCAUUUGGAGUACUUGAUUCCAUGGUAUCAGCUGGCAUUGAGGCUGAUGUUUUUACAUAUAAUACACUUGCUUAUGGCUAUUGUAGAUGUGGAAGGAUUGAUGAUGGGUUGAUUCUAUUCAGAGAAAUGUUGCAAAACAAACCUAAACCCACAACAAUCACAUAUAACAUCAUACUGGAUGGGUUAUUUCGUGCUGGGAGAACAUUUGCUGCAAAGAAAAUGUUCGUUGAGAUGAUCGAAACGGGAAUAACAGUGAGCAUUUCCACAUACAGUAUAAUACUUGGAGGACUUUGUAGGAAUAAUUGCUCUGACGAAGCGAUCACCCUAUUUCAGAAAUUAGGAGCAAUGAAUGUGAAGUUUGAUAUUAAAAUACUCAAUACCAUGAUCAAUGCCAUGUUCAAGGUUCGGAGAAGAGAAGAAGCUAACGGUUUGUUUGCUGCAAUAUCAGCCAGUGGGAUGGUACCUAAUACUUCUACCUACAGCGUAAUGAUAGGAAAUCUUCUAAAAGAAGGAUCAGUGGAAGAAGCUGAAAAUAUGUUCUCAUUAAUGGAGAAGAGUGGUUGUGCUCCAGACUCUCGUCUUAUAAAUAAUAUCAUCAGAAUAUUGUUGGAAAACGGUGACAUCGUCAAGGCUGGAAAUUAUAUGUCUAAAGUUGAUGGCAAGAGCAUCUCACUUGAAGCUUCAACUACUUCGUUGUUGAUGUGUCUCUUUUCAAGUAAAGGGAAAUAUCGGGAACAAAUCAGUUUGCUCCCUGUAAAUUACCAAUUUUUCAAUGGAGUCGGUUGA